GGAGGAUCUGCAGAGCCGCCGAACUGGGAGGAAACCAACGUUGGCUGCAGUAGAUAAAGCUCUCCGGAAAGGCGUGGUGGCCCAGGCAGAGCUCUGGUAGCCGAAGCGGGAGAGCGAAGACGCUCUCGUUUUAGGUGGCCUCUUAGAAGUUUGCUUGCCAAGAUGUUGUUGCCCAUAGCCUCUCUAUGUCUUCUGGCAACCCUUGCAAAUGCCCGCGGUGUUCCCUACUUUCCUCCUCUCUCUCAGGACUUGGUGAACUAUGUUAAUAAACUCAACACUACAUGGCAGGCUGGGCAUAACUUUCACAAUGUUGAGAUGAGUUAUGUGAAAAAGUUAUGUGGUACAUUCUUGAAUGGCCCCAAACUUCCAAUAAGGCUAGGGUUUGCAGAUGACAUGGUGUUACCUGACAGCUUUGACUCCAGGCAGCAGUGGCCAAACUGUCCAACAAUUAACGAGAUCAGAGAUCAAGGUUCUUGCGGCUCUUGCUGGGCAUUUGGUGCAGUGGAAUCCAUUUCAGACCGGGUUUGUGUUCACACCAAUGCCAAGGUGAACGUGGAGAUCUCUGCUGAAGACUUGCUGUCUUGUUGUGGUUUUGAAUGCGGGAUGGGAUGCAAUGGAGGCUAUCCUUCGGGUGCAUGGCAGUACUGGACAGAAAAAGGCCUGGUAUCCGGUGGGCUUUAUGACUCGCAUAUUGGCUGCAGGCCCUAUUCUAUCCCACCCUGUGAGCAUCACAUCAACGGAUCCCGACCCCCUUGCACUGGUGAGGGUGGUGAGACCCCCAAAUGCGUGAAGGCAUGCGAAGCAGGCUACUCUCCAGCAUACCAGAGUGACAAGCACUACGGGGCUACCUCCUAUGGUGUCCCUCGUAGUGAAAAGGAAAUAAUGGCGGAGAUUUACAAGAAUGGGCCAGUGGAGGGAGCUUUCUUGGUGUACUCUGACUUCCUCAUGUACAAAUCAGGUGUCUAUCAGCAUGUCUCUGGAGAGGAAGUUGGAGGUCACGCUAUCCGAAUCCUUGGCUGGGGAGAAGAAAAUGGCACCCCUUACUGGUUGGUGGCUAAUUCCUGGAACACAGACUGGGGUGACAAUGGUUACUUUAAAAUCCUCCGAGGCCGGGACCACUGUGGAAUUGAAUCCGAGAUCGUUGCUGGCAUCCCUAGCGUGGGCCACUACAGGAAUUGGUUGUAACGUUCUUCUCAACCCAGACCAUCCUCCUUUUAUUCUACAAAUCAUUGGGAUUAAUUGUACCUGUGAAGCUACCAGCUGUGGCUGCAGAAGUCUGAGUUCGUAGGAGACAUUUUAGACUUGAGCUUCUUAUUAAAGUUUUUUUUAAAAAAAAUGCAUAAUUCUGCUUUCCGACAGUCUGCCGCUGAGGUGGUGGGUUCACUGUUCGUGCUGAAUGUACAAGGUCUUUGCUACUAGAUGGACGAAAUGUCUGAAAAGAGACAGAGAUGAAGCUGGCCUUGCAAAGUAGGGAUCGCUUGUGGAAAAUCUUUUUUUCCCCCUCUUGCUGGAAUUCAGAGCACACAAUUCCUCCAUCAGACAAAGGCAGUAGCAAAAGAGCAUCCAUUCUACAGUAGAGUUUCUACAGUGUGGUGAGACAGUAACCACGAAGAUCCUGGAAGCCACUCUUUGGGGUGCAGAUGAGGAAGAAGAGUGCCAUAGUCUUGGUUUCCCAAGCAUAGAUCUUGCACCCUGGUUCUUGCAUGUGCUGAAGAUGAUGGCAAAGCCCCAUGGCACUGUUCCUUGCUAUUAGAAGUGUCUUUUAAAAAGAAAGAAAUCAGUCAUUAAAGAAGUCUUUUUUUAAAAAAAAUCACUUAGUUACUACAAAAGCCAUAUGUUAGCCCAGUAUGAUGCAGCAGAAUAGAUGUUGACGUCUAAUACGGAAAAACUUGGGUGAAAUUUCUGUCUUUCCUUGGACUAGUUACUGUCUUUCAGCCCAGCCUGUGUCGAAACAUGCUUGUAAGGACUGCUAAGGUUGUCAGCCAGGGAUAGGGAAGGAACUGUUUUGCAUGCUGAGCAAUUGACAAACUUUUGAUAGUGCAAUAAAUCAGUUGAUGCCACUAAUGUAUUCCUAAAAUCUCUCACACAUAUGCAUGUGAACACUUCAUGUUUUGUAAUUGCAUUCUUACUAAGCCUCUGCACAUAAUGCUACCGGAUGUAGCUCUCAAAGUACAGGCAAUUCAGCUGGUAACAAUCCUUUUCUGAUGUAUUUGGAACAAGAAUUCUCCAGAGCUAGGGAAUCUGUACAACUGAUCACAUUGCCCUGGAGUGAGGUAGCUUGGUCAUCUGUAGACUUCACAGCUGAAGGGGAGGGUUAGUUACAGAGUACAGCAAACAAAACUGCUCUGAGAUAGCUGUAAGUGUGCUCAGGACCUCCUGUGCCUUUUGGCCCUGGGGGUGGUGGGAGAAGGAAUAAGCUGGUUUUGAUUGUCCUACUUGCACAGUAGCUGUUUUGUUUUUUGCUGAUUUUGCUCCUGUUAGUGCCAUUUUGUAUAUAAUGUAUAAAUUCUGUCUAACAAUG